AUGUAAUAUACGGCCCCAUUAGAGAGAAGACUUGUAUUUUAGCCAUCUUAAUAAAUAAUGCCAUUAAUGCAUAGAAAAGAGAACAUUUUUUCUCCUUUAAGAAUAAGUCCAUCAACAUAAUAGCAUUUAAGUCCUUCAUAACAUUAAUUUUAGAAAGGAAAUGAAGUAAAUUAGAAGAGAAUGAAUAGUAAUAAUGAUUAAGAGAAGGAGAAGGAAAUAAAAAUAUUAAUAUAGCAUAAUUAAAGGAUGAAGGAUUAAAUAAAUUAAUAAGCAAUAGAUUAUGAGAAUUUGAAACAUAGAUAUGAUAAGAUGUAUUAAGAUUAAUUAAGAUUAAUAAAUGAAUUGGAAUAGAUGUCAAAAGUAUCGGAAUAAUAAUUGAAAGAGAUAAAAAUAAAAUAAGAAGUAAUAAAAGAUUAGUAGCAUCAAUUAGAAUAGCAAAGUCAUAGUAAAAAUAAAAGUUAGGAUGAGAGUUAUUAAUUGAGAUAAUAGUUAUAGAUAAAAGAUUAGGAGAUAAUAAAGUUAAAGUAAAUAUUAGAGGAGAAGAAUAUGGAGAAUUAGGAAAUGAGGAAUACAUUGAAUACAAUAAAUUAGAAAGUAUAAUUUAUGACAUAGCAAAAAGAUUAAUAAUAUUAGAUAAUAGAUAAAUUUAAUAAAGAAUUAUAGGAUGAGAUAACUUUGAAAACAUAAUAAAUACAUGCAACAAGUUAGAAUUUAAGUUAAUCAUAAUAAUAGGUGAAUUAAUUGAGAUUUGAGGUAGAUUCAUUGAAAGUGAAAUUGUAAUCAUAAUAAUAGAUGAUGCCUUUGUAAUAAUUGUAAUAGAAAUAUAUAAUGCUUUGUAUGGAGAAUGAUAGAUUACAUAGUGUAGUAUAGAAGGAGUAUGAGGUAAAGAGAGGGAUGGAAUAAUAAUAAGGGAAAUAGGAAUAGGAGAUAGAAUAAUUAAAGAGUGAAUUGAAAUAGAUAUCAGAGGAGUUUAAUAGAUUAUAAUAGGGUUUAGUUUAUGAAUAAAAGAAUAUGUAUUUGAUAGAGAAUUUGAAGAAUUAGUUAAAUUAUUAUAUAGAGGAGAAUGCAAGAUUAAAUGUUGUUCUAAGAUAAUAAUAAUAAUCAAGAAUAUGA